AUGGCGUUUUUCAAACAAGUCAUCUUUACCACGGCCGUUCUUGCCAUUGUGCUCUCCUCACCAGCAAUUGCUCACAAGGCCAAGAGUCCUGCUCCUCCAGUGCACCAUGUUGACCUCUCCAACCUCCUCACUGCAUACAGCACAUUCCACACCUUCUUGGGCUACCUGCAAAAGACCAACGUCAUCCAAACCUUCCAGAAGCAGGCGAACAACACCGAACUUGGCAUCACCAUGUUUGUCCCCAAGGACUCAGCCUUCGCCGCACUGAAGAACACCACGCUGGCCAUGCUCACCAAGGACCAGCUCAGGUCCCUGCUCCUGUACCACGCACUCCCCAAAUUCUACGACCUGCAUGGGCUCGCCAUGCUGGGCAGAAGAAACCCGGUGGCCACCUUUGCCGGCUCCAGGUACACGCUCAAGCUCACCGAACACUACGGCAACAUCCUGGUGAGGUCGGCGUGUUCUACCGCGAAGAUCGGCAGCAGCAUUGUAGCGACGGCUCCGGUGGGCGUGUACUUGGUCAACAAGGUUCUCCUGCCAAAGCAAAUCUUCAAGAGCCAACCCGGCCAAGUGAAGAAUUCAUAUCCUCUUUUGUUCUCAUAA